UCUGCCUGGGCCAUCAGUCCUUUGGGACACCAGCCCUGAUCAGGCAGUAUGCUCUGCAAUAGGAGACUUGGGAGCAGGGAGGGGAGAGCAAGCUCCUGGCAGAAAAGAUGAGCACAGAGAGGAGACCCAGGCCUGGAGGUAACGUGAUCACUGGGGUUUCUUUUCUUGUGUUUUGAAGGAAGUGGGUGGAAACAAGGGGCUGGAGAAGGCAGAGGAGGGAGAAAUGGAUGAGGUCCAAGCAAGAGAAGAGUUUGAGAGGAAACAGCGAUGGAGAGGAGGGAAGAGACCCACAGAGAGAAGGGAACUGAGAAGAUAUGGGGCUUGGCAGAGCACGCCACAAGAAAAAGGCCCUGCCGAGGAGAGAGGAGGCUGCCCCUGGCUGAGCCUCUGGACUACUCUGAUUCCUGCCCUUGCUCUCAAAGCCUGUGUCAUGUGUGGCUGCCUUGUUCUCCUCGUUAGACAGCGCUGUGAAGAGCACAAGAUUCUGCGCCAGACGUCUACUGAGUGGCACUGUGUCCUGGAGACACCGGAGAGUAAAGCACAGGCCUGGAUGUGCUGCCCUGUGGGCUGGAAGCCCUUCCAUACCAGCUGCUACUACUUGUCCUCUGACACCAAACCCUGGGAAUUUCCUGCUCAGUUGGGUAAAAGAUGUUACAGACAGACAAAGCAAAGACUCUAUCAAGGAUUUCCUGCUCAAUUUGUUAAAAGGAACUAUUACGGCAGGCAAGAGAGGAGUUACUACAUUGGUCUCAGUUCCCAGAAGGUGGAAGGCCAAUGGCACUGGGUGGAUCAGACCCCGUAUAACCAGGCCACAACGUUUUGGAGGCCUAAGGAACCAAGUUUCCUCGACAAUGAGACAUGCACGGUCUUCCACAUGGAUAUAAAUCAACAAGGGAACAGGAACUGGAAAAACAACCCUUGUACCCAUGAUUUUUAUCGAAUUUGUGAGACUACAGCAGCCAAUAUUUGAGGAGAAAGCCCUUCCCAUGUGGGGUCUGAAAGCAGAGAGAGGUGGUCGCUUUCCUUGGGGAGCUCCCAAGGAGAUGGACAGGGGGUUUGAAUGUACCCUGGAAGCUGGGACUGUAGGUUUACAGGGGGGGUUGGGGAGGAGGUUCCUGGGCAGUAGCCUGAACUCAUCAUCAGUAAAAGCUCUUAGAAAAAAAUCCUAAUGGCUAAAACACAUGUAUAGUGGAAAAAGCCAGCUUCCAACAGAGCUUUGCUUGUAAUAUCAACAAAACUGCCCAUGAUAUCACCCUAGGAGGGCAAUGGAAAAGUGGGGUAGAGGGGAAGGGCUGAAGGCAUUGCCAAGGAAGUGCUGAAGACAGUCACCAUUCACUAUAUGAAACCAGCCUGUGCCCCCCCUCUCCCAUCCCCAGAGUCCCUUGGAAUGGUCUACUGGGGGAAGAGCUUUGCACAGAGGUAAAGGGGAAGCUCUAGCUUUGCUUACUGAAUACUUGGGAGAGGAGCUGUGCCCUUCUCUGUACAAACCACUGACUGACCCUAGCAUUGACCAAUACAGAUAAGGAAUUUUGACUACUUUGUUUGUCUUUAGCUGGUUGUGAAGGAUUUCCCAGCUGGGGAAGGGAAGGAAUGGGGCAGAGAUGAGGCAACAUUUCUGGGGAAAUGACAGGUGCUGCUCUGCUCUUCUGUGGUGCCACAGCCUUGAGCAGCAUGCAUGCAUCGCUCCUCCAGCCAAGUAUAUGUUGGUGGGCUGAAAGGAGGCAUGCUUAAGGGACAUGAGGCCAGAUGUCAGUAGAGCCCUAUGUUCCCCAUGACCUGAAGGCUUAGGAGGGCAGGGCUCUCUGCUCCUCUGCUGGGGAGGACAGGAAAAGCCAGCUCUGUCCAGCCUCAUUCCCAUGCUGAUGACCCAGAAUCCUGCUGUUCAGGCAUUGUGGUGGUGUUGGGCAUUGGCCAAGUGUUAAGUGUAUUUGUGAUGGUGAUGGCUAUCUGUAUUGUGUGCUGAGAGGGCAGGGAUCUCAGUGUGCCCUGAAUAGAGAGUCUCCAAGAGAGCAGUAGCUCUGCAUUAUGGCUGGGUAGAGACACUGGGUUCCAAGGCAAAAGUGCCUAGUCAGAGAGUGGGAGCUGUGCAUUCAGAAGCAGAGCAGUGGGAAUGGACAACUCUUAGCCACCUGAGACUGACCAGACCUGGAGGGCACAAUUUGGCUUGGGACUGUAAUCAGCUGAACAUGGAAUAGAUGAGGCUGGAGAGGCUGACCCCCUCAGGGAUUAAUUUGGGCUAGUUCUGGAGCUGUGGACAGAUGCUAUAUUUGAAGCACUCCAAGUGCCUUUCAAACAUUUCAGAAAGUAAGGGUGCAGAUGUUCAUGCCUGAUAAAAAGCUUCAGAAACAGCUGAACCACUUCAGGGGGGUCGGACUUGAUGACCAGGGGGUCGGACUCGAUAUCUUUGAAGCUCCUCACUUUGAAAUACUUCAUGUAAAGUAUGCAUUUUCCAGUGGAGCCUGAUAGAUUUCUCAGCCUUCCCAUACCCCUUAGUGGUCCUCUCCUGCCCACUAUGGUCCAAGUAGCCACCUCUGUGACAUAUGACAAACUCCAUUUCUCUGAAGCACAGGCGUAUUAGAUACUACAAACCUGUUUGCUCUUUAUUGCACAAGGCUGGUUCCUUGUUUUUACUGGGCCUUCCUUAUCUGACUUUCUUACUAUCUGUUGUUGUUCUGCUAAGUCUCCAAGUCUAUGUGCAAACUGCACAUCAGCUGUUUGUGGCAGUUUGGAGUUGCUACCAUUCAUCCAGAGAAUCUCAGGAAUCUUGCUACUUAAGUUAAGUAGCUGCAACAUGCCAUCUGCUUUCCUCUCUACAAGGUGCUAUACCAAAACAGCAUCAAUGACCUGUUUGGAUCAUGUUACCUGAAGCCAACAUCCACAAUGUGCUUACCAGCCUCAUCUGCCUCAUACUCAAGGUGCACUACCACCUGGAAGCAGGCAGGGGUACUGGACCUAUUUUCCUUUUGGGGCAAAGAGGAAACCCAGCAGAAGCUCAGAACAAGCACCAUAAACAGUCUGUGUUCAAGCAUAUUCCUGCUGAAAUGGAAACCACAGCCACAACCAUAACUGGCUUUGAUGUGGCACUAGUGCUAAAGUGUUGAUGGUGUACUACAAGAGAGACCAAGAUGCCACUUCGGUCUCCAGAGUCCAGUCAUCUGCAGUCAUCUGCAGAGUGACACAUGCCUACUUACAAGAACCUGUCAAGGAUCCUUGAAGGGUAUGACUGUAGAGCCCCACUAUCUGGUCAACACCACAGGUAACCCUCAGCCUACUGAAAACUCUGAUGUCUCCAACCAGGAGGAAGGGGAAGCUCUACUGCAAGCUGUCCCUGAUAUGGCUCAGAAAAACACAGGAGGGGCAGGAAGAUUUAGUGGGUUCCCUCCUCCUUUUGGGAUAAGAAAUAUGAGGUUUACCACCUAUUCCCCUGGGAGACUUCCCAUGAGACUAACAUCUACCAAGUCAUGCCGUCCUGGAGACCUUCUCCUCGACACUAUACCAGAUCAUGCCACAGCAGGCCAACUCCAUGGUGUUCCAUUCAGUCUUGUCCUUGUGACAGGCUGGCUGGUAGUGAUUUAGCCCAGGGGUUUUGAAAGAGCAAAAGAUGAUUGGAGGACUUGGGAUUCUCUUUCCUCACCAAUCUGGUAAUGAUUUGGCCCAGAGGUUUUGAAGGGGUAAAAGAUGAUUGGAGGACUUGGGAUUCCCUUUCCUCACCAAUCAGGCCCAAGAGACUCACCCUCCAUGUCCCCUGAUUGGCCCCUUGGGUCACCAGGAGGGGGAUAAAAGGGGCAGCACGGCUGACUCAAGGGAGACUAGCGAGGGACCACAAGGAAGGAGAUUCAAAGAGCUGGCAAGAGCUGGGCCAGCGGGGCGGGAGCAGUUGCCCCAGAAGAGCCUGAAGGAGUGGGACCUGCAGGCAGCAGUUGGGCCCUCAGCACCGCGGCAUGUGGCCAGCAGGAGAGGCUCCCCAACUCCAGCAAGGAUGUGAGCAGUGACCUGAGAGGUUUCCAGCCCUGCUCCCAGCUCCUCCAGUAAGAGGCCAGGCAGCUCAACAUGAGGCUGGGGCUCCUGGAAGGUCAAGACCCCUAGCAGCUUAAAGCUGUGCCAGUACUGGUGGCUGUGUGGUAGAGUUUUGACCUACCAUGUGGGAGAUUUGACUUCAAGUCCCAGCUAGGGUGAGUGAGUUAACAAGAAGAAAUCCUGCUUACAGUGGAAAGGGGUCAUUGUGUUCCCUGCCUUUCUCCCCCUCCAGGUAUCUAGGCCCUAUAUUCCUUGACAUCUUGUAUUUUGUGCCUUUUGUAGUUCACCAACCAGUAUUGUUUGUUCUGCUGUUUGUGUUUUACAUUGUGGUUAACCCUGUCUUUUGUCAACUGGAUGAAUAUGUCUGUGAUUGUAAGUGUCUAACCUUUAUUGAAUCCUGCCCCCUCAGGGCAUUGUAGUGUCCCCUACACCCCCUGGUUUAUACUGGUUAUGUUCCCAGUAUUGUUCUCUUAUUAAAAGGUAUAUGGUUAAGUCCC